GAGCAACUCUUUCUUCUUCUUGUUGGGUGUUGUAACACGCACCCGAUAUCCCCGCUCAUAUCGUAACAGAUCGCUGCUAUUCCGGCGGCCUCUUCCGUUAUAAACACACCAUGUCCCGUUUUCAAGAUAAGAUAUCUCCCCUCGACCGCCGCUCCUCCCCCAUGGACGACUCCGACGACGUCCCCCGCCCUGGCGCCCUCCAACAUCACAGCCCCCGCGUCGCCUCCUCCUCCUCAGCCUCAGACGCCUCCGUCCCCCUCGGCUUCAGGCCCGUCGGUGGCGCCCACAGCGGCCACCACGUCGUCGUCCAGCUAGGGAACGUCGCCAACGACGGGAAGGGUAUUGGUGAGGAAGACGCCGAUAUGGCUGUCUCCGGCUCUCUUCCUUUCGUCCUCGCCUUCUCCAAUCUCACCUACAGCGUCCGCCGGUCGCGGAAGGGGUGCUCUCUGUUUUGGCGCAGCGACGCCGGCGAGGAACAGGGGAGGAAGGUUCUGCUGAAUGCCAUCUCCGGCGAGGCCCGGGAAGGCGAGAUCUUAGCGGUUCUGGGGGCGAGCGGGUCGGGGAAAUCCACCCUGAUCGACGCACUCGCGAACCGGAUCGUGCGCGAGAGCCUCGAGGGCUCCAUCACCCUCAACGGUGAGAAGCUCGAGGGGCGGCUUCUCAAGGUGAUCUCCGCCUACGUGAUGCAGGACGACCUCCUCUACCCGAUGCUCACCGUGGAGGAGACGCUCAUGUUCUCAGCCGAGUUCCGCCUCCCGCGCUCCCUCUCGGCCGCCAAGAAGAUGAGCAGAGUGCAAGCUCUGAUCGACCAGCUCGGCCUCCGCGCCGCCGCGGGGACAAUCAUCGGAGACGAGAUCCACCGCGGUGUGUCUGGCGGCGAGCGGCGCAGGGUGUCGAUCGGCAUCGACAUCAUCCACGACCCGAUCUUGCUGUUCCUCGACGAGCCGACCUCUGGCCUCGACUCCACCAGCGCUUACAUGGUGGUGAAGGUGUUGCAGAGGAUCGCUCACAGCGGGAGCGUAGUGAUCAUGUCGGUACACCAGCCAAGCUCCCGCAUCCUUUGCCUCCUCGAUCGGCUCCUCAUGCUCUCCCGGGGUAGCACAGUUUACGCCGGCCCGCCCACCGGUCUCCACCCUUUCUUCUCCGACUUCGGCCAGCCGAUCCCCGACAACGAGAACCCCACCGAGUUCUCCCUCGACCUCAUCCGCGAGCUCGAGGCCACGCCGGAGGGCGCGAAGUCUCUCGUCGAGUUCAACCGCGCACGCCAAGCACUACCCGUCGUCUAUCCCGGCGGCGGCGAAAAAUCGUUUGUUUCGCUGGAGGAUGCCAUCGGCACCAGCAUCUCGCGAGGGAAGCUGGUCUCCGGCGCGGAGGGCACGAUGACGACGGCGGCGGCGGUGCCGAAGCACGCGAACCCGUUCUGGAUGGAGACGCUGGUGCUGACGAAGCGGUCCUUGGUGAACACGCGGCGGAUGCCGGAGCUGUUCGUGAUGCGACUCGGCACGGUGCUCGUCACCGGGUUCAUCCUCGCCACCAUCUUCUGGCGCCUUGACCACACGCCCAAGGGCGUCCAAGAGCGGCUCGGUUUCUUCGCCAUCGCCAUGUCCACCAUGUUCUACACCUGCGCCGACGCGCUCCCUGUUUUCAUCCAAGAGCGCAACAUCUUCAUGCGGGAGACGGCCUACAACGCCUACCGCCGCUCCUCCUACGUGCUCUCCCACUCCCUCGUCGGCUUCCCGCCGCUGGUUCUCCUCUCGAUAGCCUUCGCCCUGACAACGUUCUUCGCGGUGGGGCUCGCCGGAGGGUUGCAGGGGUUCGUCUUCUUCGUCCUGAUGGUGCUGGCCUCCUUCUGGGCGGGGAGCGGGUUCGUGACGUUCCUGUCGGGGGUGGUGCCGCACGUAAUGCUCGGCUACACGGUGGUGGUGGCGAUCCUGGCUUACUUCCUUCUCUUCAGCGGUUUCUUCAUCAACCGCGACCGGAUCCACGACUACUGGAUCUGGUUCCACUACCUGUCGCUGGUGAAGUACCCAUACGAGGCGGUGAUGCAGAACGAGUUCGGGCGGGCGGGGAGGUGCUUCUCGCGGGGGGUGCAGAUGUUCGACAACACGCCGAUGGAGGGGCUGGCGGAGGCGACGAAGGAGAGGGCGCUUGCAGCGAUCAACGGUGCGCUGCGCAUGAACAUGACGUCGACCACCUGCAUUACCACUGGCCCCGACGUGCUGCGUCAGCAGAGCAUCACGCAGCUGGGGAAGUGGGCCUGCCUCUCGGUGACGGUGGCGUGGGGCUUCUUCUUCAGAGGUCUCUUCUACCUCACCCUCCUCCUCGGCAGUAAGAAUAAGAGACGAUAGAUUUUUCAUUAUCUGUUUUUUUUUUCUCCAAAUAUGUUUUUUCUUCAAUAUUUCAAGAUUAAAGAUACCAAAUAUGUGAUUUUAUUUAAGUUGGUUUAAAUUUAAUUUGUUUAGAUAUUAUAAAUUUCAA